AUGGAAUGCACUAAUGAUAUAACACAAACUAACAAUGGUAAUAAUCAUAGUAAUAUAAUUAAUAAUGAUUUAGAUAGUAAUAAUAAUAAUAAUAAUAAUAAUAAUAAUAAUAAUAAUAAUAAUAAUAAUAAUAAUAAUAAUAAUAAUAAUAAUAAUAAUAAUAAUAGCCUACCCCCCACUACCAUAACAACUUCAAACAGUAUCGGAUAUGUUAAUAGUACUAUUUCUACAGUUAAUUUUCCAGUUUCACAUGGAUCUUUUGUUAAUAGGAGAAGAAAACAUAAUGUAGAUAGCGGUGGAAGUACUGAUAAUAGUGGAACUGAAGGUAACUCUGGUGAUAUUGUUGGUAGUGGUGGUAAUAAUAAUCUUAUAAAUGAAAAUAAUAAUAAAAAUAAUGAUAAUAAUAGUAGUGGUGGUAGUAGUAGUAAUAAUAAUAAUAAUAAUAGUAAUACCAAUAGUAAUAUUGAUAAUAGUAAAACCAUUAACAAUGAUAAUAUCAAUAAUAAUAAUAACAAUAAUAUCAAUGGUGGGAAUAAAACUGAAAUUUAUGAUAAUACAGGUAUUGAAAAUAAAAUUUUAAAUCAACAACUUAAAAAACAACAGCCUCAAGAAAAUAUUGGACUUGGGAAAUUUCAACACCAAAUACAACAAGAAUUACAAAAUAAACAACACCAAAAGCAUAUUAGAUAUCAACAACAACAAAUGAAAUUAGAGGAAGAGCAAAAGAAAUUUCAACCUCAAAGACCUCAAAGGCAAAGAGUGCCACCUAAAUCAUUUAGUUUCGAAGCUACUUUAAAUGGUUAUGAUGAUGAUAUUGAUGAAAUUCAUUCAAAUAAUAGACAACGUAAAAAACAAAAUACUAAUAAUAAUCGAAACAACAACAAUAAUGAUGACGAGGGAGAAGAUGAUAAUAUUUCAUAUAAAAUACAACAACAGCAACAGCAACAGCAACAGCAACAGCAACAACAACAACAACAACAAACUUCGCAGAGACAGAAACAAUAUCAACAACAGGAAGAUGAAGAAGAGGAGGAGGUUGAGACGGAACAAGAUGAUGAUGAUGAGGAAGAACAACAAGAGGAGGAGAAUGCUUAUAGUGAGUAUGGAGAAGAGGAUGUUGAUGAGGAAAUGGUUGAAGAAGAAGAAGAAGAAGAACAAGAGGAGGGGGAAGAGGAGGAAGAAGAAGAGGGGGAGGAGGAACAACAAAAUAAUAGGAAGUAUACAAUUAGUCUAAGACCAAGAAGUAGUAAAUCGCCACAAUUCCCAAAUUUCAUUGAUAAUGAUCUUGAUUAUAAUAAGAAAUCCAGAAAAAGAAAUAAAAUUACUACACCAGUACCAAGAAGAAGGUAUACUAGUAUUUAUGAUUAUGAGGAGGAAGAAGAAAAACGACCAGCUACUUUAUCAAAAUCAAGAUCAACUCAAAUUGCUUUAUCACAAAAUGAUAUAAAUUUAUUCUUUAAAAGAGGUAAAAGAAAGCAACCAUUUAAUUUUCAAAGUAUGUUAAAUAAAGAAUUAAAUAUGGAUAAUAAUAAUAUUAAUAAUAAUAAUAGUAGUAGUAAUAAUAAUAGUAAUAAUGCAACACCAUCACAAACUCCACCUCAACAAACUAGAAUUAAAACAAGGAGUCAUUUACCCUCCUCAACAGUUGAUCAAGAAGAAGAAUUAUCUCAUUCAACUACAAAUACUACUCCAUCACCAAAUAAAAGAAAUCAAACAACACCAACAACAACAACAGCAGCAGCAAUAACACCUUUAUCUACAAAAGAAAAUUCACCAAGUAAAAUUUCAACAAGACAACAUACAAAUAGGACAACAUCAACAACAACCACUGCGACAUCAAACCCACAUCAACAACAUCAACAACACCAACAACAACAACCAGCACAAUCAUCAUCAUCAUCAUCAUCACAUCCACCAUCAAAAAGAGUUAGAAUUCCAACAAAUAGAUAUGAUCCAUCAAAAGUUUAUGAAAGAUCAAAUUCUAAUAGAUCAAUAUCUAGACCAUUACAACCAACAACAUCAUCAUUUUCAAAUAGAUCAGGUUGGAGAUAUAAUAAUAAUAAUAAUGGUGGUCAACAAUUUGAAAACAAUAAUGAUGAUUUAUCUGAUGAUGAAUUUGGUGUUGGUAAGAGAGGUUCAUCAGGACCAUUACCAAUUAAUUUAAGUGGAAAUAAAGAUUCAGAACCAUUAUCAAUUGAUAAUAAGAUUGGAUUCUCAUCAAUUGGUGGAUUAGAUAAACAUAUUCAACUAUUGAAAGAGAUGUUAAUGUUACCAUUAUUAUAUCCAGAGGUAUUUAAUAAAUUUAAAAUCCAACCACCAAAAGGUGUACUUUUCUAUGGCCCACCAGGUACUGGUAAAACAUUACUUGCAAGGGCAUUGGUGAAUGAAUGUAAUGUUGGUGGUCAAAAAGUAUCCUUUUUCAUGAGAAAAGGUGCAGAUUGUCUAAGUAAAUGGGUGGGUGAAGCAGAGAGACAAUUAAGAUUACUCUUUGAACAAGCGAAAGCUAUGCAACCAUCGAUUAUUUUCUUUGAUGAAAUCGAUGGUUUAGCACCAGUUAGAUCAUCACGUCAAGAUCAAAUUCAUAAUAGUAUAGUAUCAACACUUUUGGCGUUAAUGGAUGGUUUAGAUAAUAGAGGUCAAGUGAUUGUUAUCGGUGCAACCAAUAGAAUAGAUUCAAUUGAUCCUGCAUUAAGAAGACCUGGUAGAUUUGAUAGAGAAUUGUUAUUCACUUUACCAUCAAAAGAGGCAAGACAUAGAAUCUUAACAAUUCAUACUGAAAAUUGGUUACCUAAACCAUCAUCACAAUUAUUAUUAGAGAUCUCUGAUCAAUUGGCUGGCUAUUGUGGUGCUGAUAUCAAGUCUUUAUGUUCAGAAUCUGUUUUAUGCUCAUUAAGAACAACUUAUCCUCAAAUUUAUAAAACUUCAAAUAAACUUCAAUUGUCUGUUGAUAAUAUUUUGGUUGAAAAAUCACAUUUUCAAGAUGCAAUGAAAUUAAUAACACCAUCUUCAAAACGUAAUUUAAUUUCAUUCUCAAAUCCACUUUCUUCAAUUUUAAAACCAUUACUUGAACCACAUUUAAAUUUAUUAUUAAAAAAAGUUGAUUCAAUUUUUCCAAUUUCACAAUUAAAAAAUCAAAAUAUUCAAAAUAAUCAAAAUAAUAAUAAUGAAAAUAAUCAAAAUAAUCAAAAUAAUAAUGAAAAUAAUAAUAAUAAUAAUAAUAGUAAUGAAAACAUUAAUAAUAAUAAUAAUUUUAAGCAAUUAUUUAUAAAUAAUUUAAUGAUACAAAAUUUUUCAGUUUAUAGACCAAGAUUAUUAAUUCAUGGUGAACAAGGUAUGGGACAAAUUCAAUUAGCAAAUUCAUUAUUAUAUCAUUUAGAAGAGUUUCCAAUAUUUUCAAUUGAUAUAUCGGCAUUGAUUAGUGAUCCAACUUCAAAGACGGUAGAAGAAUCAUGUAUUAGAAUAUUAUCAGAAGCAAAGAAAGCAUCACCUUCAAUCAUUUAUAUUCCAAACAUUGAUUGUUGGGUUAGUAAUCAAUUUGGUAAUUUAUCAGAGAUUUUAAUUUAUUUUCUUAAAACCAUAGAUUCCAAUCAAUCAAUUUAUUUAAUUUCAACAAUGGAAGAUUCAAGCGCAUCAACAAUCAAUAAUAGCUCACCAAUUAUUGAUGAAUUAUUCUCUUCAAAAUUUGAAAUCUCAAAACUAACCAAAAGAUCAAUUAAAGAUUUCUAUGAAAAUAUUGUAAAUGAUAUUAAAGAGGUUGGUAUUACCAUAAAGAAAGCAUUGACUGUAAAGAUUCAAGAAUCUCAACAAUUACCAAUAGUACCAUUUCAAUCAGACUCUGUUAGAGAAUUGAAAAAAGAUAGACAAUUAGUUAGACAACUUAGAAUAUUAUUACGUGAAAUGGUUUCAAAGAUUAUUUUCGAUAAAAAAUAUCUCUCCUUCUUUAGAGAUGUCAAUGCUGAACAAUUUCCAGAAUAUUAUGAACUCAUAAAGAAUCCAAUGAGUUUACAAAGAAUCUCUCAAAAUUUAGAUUCAUAUGAAUACAUAUCUUUAGAAUCUUUCUUAAAGGAUAUAGAUUUAAUAGUAACCAAUACAGAGUUGUACUAUCAUUUCAAUGAUUCAAAUUCUUUAGAGGCAAUCAAAGCAAACUCAAGAUCAAAACAAUUACAAGAUGAAGUUUUAUCAAUGGUUGAAAAUAUUGAUCCAACUUUAAUUUCAUCAUGUGAUAAUAUCUCUAAAAAAUAUUCUGAAAAUUUAUCUGUCUUGUAUAAUCAAAAUUUUAGUCAUUAUCAUCAUCGUAAUCGUAGUAAUAGUAAUAAUAAUUUAAAUAAUAAUAAUAAUAGCCAUAAUCACCAUCAACAAAAUAAUAAUCAUCAUCAUCAUCAUCAUCAAAAUAAUGAAAUUGAUCCUAAAUUACACAAUAAUAGAAAUAGUAAUAAUAAUAAUGUACCAGUUAGAAGUGCAAGAUUAAGGGGUGAAACUGCAACUUUAACUAAUGAAAUGGCAACUCAAUUCUUUAAAAAGAAAAGAAAGAGACCAUCAUUAUCAUCAUCUUCUAAAGAUGAUUCAAUUAGUAAUCCAUUAUCACCACUCUCUUCUCCCUCCAGAAAUUUUGAAAAUGAUGAAGAAGAUGAUAGUAAUAUUAAAAAUAACAACAAUAAUAAUAAUAAAGGAAAUGAAAAUAAUCAAGUGACUGAUAAUGAUGAUGUAAAUAAUCCUUCAAUAGAUUCGGAGAAUAAUAAUGAAGAAAAUGAAAAAAAUAUUGUUAAAUCCCCUACCCAAGUAAUCCAAAAUAGUGCUAAUGGUGAUAAUAAUGACGAAGAAAUUCAAAACAACAACAACAACAACAACAACAACAACAACAACAACAACAACAACAACAACAACAACAACAACAACAACAACAACAACAACAACAACAACAACAACAACAACAACAACAACAACAACAAUGUAAAUCAUGUAAAUAGCGAAAAUAUAAAAAGGACAACAACAACAACAACCACUUCAAUAAAUCCCAAUUGUAAUCAAGAUCAAAUGAGUAUUGGUGAUGAAGAAGAUGAUGAUAACAAUAGUAUUGGAGAGGAUAUAAACAGUACUACUAGUAAUGGUCUUCAUCAAAAUAGCGCCAACAAUGACACUAAUAAUUUGGAGAAUAUAUUGGAUGACGGUUUUAAAUAUAAUGAAGAUAAUGAUAAUAUUUUAAAAAGGAAAGAACAAGAAUUGGUUGAAACUUUAGUAAACAAAUCAAUUGAUUAUAAUGUUGAAAAACUUUUAAAAAAUCAUUCAUCUAUUUGUAUGAUAGUUUCAGAAUUAAUAAAGGAAAGAGAAAUUAAAAGUAGUAAUGAUAUUUUUGAAUUCCAACUCAGAGUUUAUGAUAGAAUUUUAUGUCACCUUGGUGAAUAA